GUAGAGAACAGACUGGCAUGGCUGUCACUCUGAAGGGAAUCAUUGUUUGUCUUGUUCUGCUCUCGUUCACCCCUCAAGGUGUCCACGGUUUUGAGAUAUUCCAUCAUGAGAUUUUGACAGCUGUGGUGGGUCAGGAUGUCUCUUUGCCCUGCACCCCGAAAGAAAACACUCUCAAAAUAUUACAGAUAGAGUGGAAGAAGAGAGGAGAGGCAGAAGACCAGCACCUGGUGGUUUAUAACCCACAAUUUGGCGAAACAAUUGGUUCACCAAAUGUGGCACUGAGGUCAGAGAAAGAGGGAGACAUGAGGACUACUCUGGUUCUCAAAGCUCUGAAGGAAACAGACAGUGGCCGAUACAUCUGUGACUUGACCACAUACCCCAACGGUUCCAUUCGGAAAGUCACUCGGCUGAAGGUCAAAGACCUGGAUGACAUAAUAAAGUGUGACACCAACGGGACUGUGGAAGCUGAAUCUGGUCAGAAUGUAACAGUCCACUGUACUGCUGAUGGGUUCCCCAACAUACUGUUCCACUGGUCAAAGGACAACAAGUGCAUUUCGGAUGAAUCGUCUCUGGUCCUGUGGUCUGUGAGCAAACAUGACGCUGGGCUGUACAUGCUGACCGUGUCCGUGGGCAACAACACGGCCCUCGUGAAGAGAAGGGGGUUCAACAUCAAAGUGCCGCUGACCACCACGCAGUCUGAUGAAGGUCCUGCUACUACAGAAAAUCCCACAGACACACCGCCUCUCAAUGUGACCCUCAGCACUCAGCUUUUUAGUACCAGCACCAAAAUAACUGGACCUACAGAUACCAGCGCCAAUAAAACAGAUGAAUCCACUGAGCCAGGAAGAGGGACAAACCUCACCGUCACACCAGAUCCUCCCAUAACUACCAUACAGGAAGUUAACAGCAGUGUCACCUUGUCUACCCCUGUCCAACCAAUGAACUUCACCACAGACUUCUCCAGCAACACAAAAAAGCAAACAAAGGGUAUAGAAGUUAACAGCUCCACCCACAAUCCAAUACGGGUCACAUCAACAGCCCAAUCAGGAACCACCUAUCCACCACUGGCCGUAUCAGGAACCACCUAUCUACCUGUGGUCCAGUCAAAUGUGUCGACUCCAUGGAGCCACCAACCGGAUGGUGGGAACCAGUCUGAAGCAGAGACCUCCAGUCAGGGGUACUCUGUGUCCACGACAGUCUUCCCAGAGAAGAGCACCCUGGCUGGGGAAGAGACUCAUAGGACUGACACCUCCUCUACCCUCUCCCAAGGGAGUGGGGUGAUCAUUGAGACAGAGAAAGGCAGUCAGAGAUACACGACGAUGUUGUGGAUCUUUCCUUUCCUAGCUGUACUCAUCUUGGUUGGGAUCCUCUACAGAAGACAUGUCAUCCAGAAGAGAAUGGACUUGCCUCCCCCUUUCAAGCCCCCUCCCCCCCCAGUGAAGUAUUCCUCCCUGAAAUCUCAAGACAUCCCAAUGACUGACAUCCUCAUCUGAAGGGGGCGCUGUUCUAAUACAUGACAUUCACAUUUAGGUAAUUUAGUGGACGCUCCAUCCAGAGGAACUUGCUGUACUGAUUACAUAUAUUUGCAUACACACACACACACACACACACACACCCUGACAAUCGAACCCACAACGCUGGCGUUACAAGCACCAUGCUCUUCACCAAGUGAGCUACACUGAUCCAUGACACCGGACCAUGAAAGACAUCCUCACCUGAAGGGGGUGCUGUUCAAUGCCACCAGGUCAUGAUGUCCCAACACCACACAUCCUCACCUGAAGGGGGUGCUGUUCAGUGCCACCAGGUCAUGAUGUACCAACACCACACAUCCUCACCUGAAGGGGGUGCUGUUCAGUGCCACCAGGUCAUGAUGUCCCAACACCACACAUCCUCACCUGAAGGGGGUGCUGUUCAGUGCCACAAGGUCAUGGGGUCCAUUAAUCCUAAACUAAUCUCACAUUUUGAUUCGUCAGAGACUGGACAUUUUUCAAUGAGUUCGGGCCCAGAGAAGGUGCUGGAGUUUCUGGAUGUUGUUUAUGAAUGGUUUCUUCUUUGCAUGGUAGAGUUUUAA